UUUGACAGCAGAGCCACUGUCAGUGUGUGAAUGUGUUUGGGUGAAUGGGACUCUGACUGUAAAGCAUUUUUGACCUUCAAGGAAGGUAGGAAAGUCUUAUACAAGUAUACCCAUUUUACCAUUUACCCAGCCUUCUCCCUUAAGAUUUCAGAUAAAAUGAAAAAACGUAUUAACUCCAUUAACUUUAGUUUCAUCUGGAUAAAUAAUUACUCGAAUUCACCGUUCUAAUAGUGAGAAGUCAAUUUCUACUGCAUUAAUGUGCCAGCUUAAUUUUUUUGUUGUUUUUUGUUUUUUUGUGAUUGACAAAAUUCAAAAUUACACAAGUAGCCUAACGUGGCAUUGAAUUUGAAACUAAAAUUUGGCAUACAAAAAUUAAAAAUAAAUAAAGAAAAGACUUAUAUCGUAAUCAAUUCUCGAAAAUGAUAUUCCUUUCCUUUUAGCUUAAAUUCAUUUUGCAUUUUUAGUUGAUUACUUUUCUCAUUUUUCUAUUUUAUGCAUCUUUUUGCUGCUUUAAGUGUCGAAGAGCUGAGGGGCGGGGCUUCUGACCUCUUUUACAGAAGGUGAAGUGACGUCACCAAACUUCCUGGUCCGCCAUAUUUGAAGACAAACGAACAGCAACAAGCAAUAAAUCAACUCGUUGCUUACCGAGUUAACUCUUUUCCGCGCAAUUAUGGUCAACACCUGUAGUGUGUAUAGUUGCCACAAUAAGAGGAGGUAUGAAUCAGAUCGGGGAUAUUAUAGAUUACCUGCAGUCAUCAACCGCCAGGGAGAAACAACAAAAAAAUUGUCGAUUGAGCGACGCAAGGAAUGGCUGACGAGGCUGAAUCUAAAGGACACAACUCAAACGAACCUAAGAGUUUGCUCGGAUCAUUUUGUCAAAGGCAAGCCAUCAAUCCUUUAUGAUACAACCAACCCCGACUGGGCUCCUUCUCUAAACUUGGGGCAUAACAAUUCUAGCAAUGCAGCUUCUGCUGUUGACCGUUUUGAAAGGAAGAUGGCACAGGUCCUGAAUGUGAAGAAAACAGCACCAUCAGCAGCCUCGGCUCUCGUCAAACUCAGCACUGGCGAGGAGGAAUGCCAACAAAUGGAGACCUCUUGUGGACCAAAUGAAAAGGAGAUUCAAACUGGAUUUAAUAGCAUGCCCUGUGAAAUCAGCAGACUUUCAUCUGAAAACAGUUCAAUGAAAGGUGCUUCACUAAUGUGUGUCUUCAAGAAUAAGGUGGAAGAGCAGCCGGAGCCUCAACAAAUCAAAGAAGAAGAGGAACUCUUCUGUAGCCAGAAGGAAGAGGAGCUGGUUCUGAAGCAGGAGAUCACAUCUGAGUGUAAUGGAAUAUUUGUAACACAGUCUGAAGAUCUCCCAGAGAACAACAUUUGUAAGGAGAAGACUGAAGCUGAGCUGCUUCUAUGGAAGCAGGAGAGGAGCUCUUGUUUGGAUGGUGAGGAGGAACCAGAGCUUCCACAGAUCAAAGAGGAGUGGGAGGAAGUCAACAUUAUUGAGGAAGGAAAACGGCUGGAUGGGCACCAGAAGACUGAUGGGUUUAUAGGCACUGAGCAUUAUCAGGAAAGCUUAAACUCCAACUCGGAACCAAGUGAGAGCCCAGAUUUAGAAGACAACGCUCAGAUCGCAGACUGUGACUAUGUGGCUGACCAGCUGGAUCCUCCUUCAGAUGAGAUCACAGACAGUGACUAUGUGACUGUCCAGCUGGAUCCUCCUUCAGAUGAGAGCUCACAUUUCUGUGAAAUAUGUGGAAAAUUUUAUAUUCGAAGGUAUAAUUUGAAAAAUCACAUGAAAACACACAAAGGUACGAAGACUGUUUUCCGUAAAAUAUGCCCAAAGCCUUCUGUGAUGUAUCUGGUUUGGCCUACCACAUGAACAUGAAAGGUGUCAUUUCUGUAAAACAUAUUAGUAUUUUUUUCUUUUCUUUUUUUUUUGCAUCUUCUACAUUAAUUUUCCACAUGAAAAGUCACAAAACUGAAAAGGUUAUUUGCUGUGGUAUGUGGAAUAUGUUUUAAUAAAAAUAACUUUUAUACCACUUUUGUGACAGUUCACACA